UUCUUCUUUUUGUUAAAAAUUACCAGUUGAUCAAGAAUGGAUGCUUCAAACGAAAUCAACGAAGUUGAACCGAAAGACAUCGAUUUCUUCAAAUUCACAAGUCUUGUAGCCGAUGCAAAAGUAUCUUUGCAAGAUACACCUUUCAACACUAUUGAAUAUCCUGCCACAGUAUCGCUACUAGCUGUUUCUAAUAAAUAUGGAAAGUUUGUUGCUGCAACGACUGAUGGCUUUAUCUUGGCCUCAACUAGGGAUCUCAGAAAAACUUUUUAUAGUGCUUCUAAAGGUGCAAUUGUGCCGUUUGACAACAAGAUUACUGUACCAAUUGGGGAGCCUAUUUAUCAAGUUCGUUUUACCGCUGAAGAAACACAGAUAAUUGUAGCAGUAUCCGGAGGGGGUUUGUUAUUGUACAAUAUUGCCGAAAUCGAAAGCAAUAAAAAUGCUACUCAGGCAGCAAAAUCAUAUACAUUUGCCGACGGUAUACGAGACAUACGUCCCAAUCCUGAAGUUUAUCCUAACAUGGUAGCUGUUCUGUUGAAUAACGGAGGAUGUGAAAUUAUCGAUAAAGACAAUGGAGAUACAGUGUGUAAACUCCCGUUAGAUAAUAUAUCAGCAAUCUGUUGGUCACCUAAAGGAAAGCAGAUCGUAUGUGGUAAAAAGGAUGGUGCUCUACAGCAUUUUGAUACAAAAGCUACCUGUAAAUACACGAUUGGUAUUCCGAAUAGUAUGGAAGCUAAUCAGUUGGGAGAAUCCGAGAAUAGAUAUGUGCAAGAUGUUCUCUGGAUUGAGAACGAUAUAUUUCUCGUAAUUUAUGCACGUAAACGUGAGAAUGCGGAAGAUGAUUUCAUUCAUGAUACUUAUCUAAUCAACCGUAAGCCAAAACGCGGUGCAGGUAUCGAUUAUACGUGCCUUCCAGAUAUUGCACCUGCAUAUACAAUUGAAGGAAGAGGAUUUCACUUCUAUAUGGAAAUUAUGCGUGGAUUAGGCAAAGAAAUUGAACAUCUUGUUAUUGUUGCUAGUGCUGCCUGCAGUGAAACCUCGGUGAUUGGUAACGGGGGUCUGGAUGAGAAACAGUGGGCACCGUGGUUGCUGCCAGAAACUGGCAAAGCGAACCUACCCUUAUCAAAAGAGACAUCGCUGGAUACAUAUCCUGUAGGUGUUGCUCUGGAUUUUACAGCAGAUGAAAAUUUACCUCCAAUUGAUGCCAGCACAGAAAAAGAGACAUUACCCGUACCAAUCUUCUACUAUCUUAAUGAUGAAGGUUUACUUGGGGCUUAUCAUUGUUACAACGUGGAAUUGGCCCGUCGAGGGGAAACAUAUAAGUCUCAACCAAAGAGUGAUCUAGCAACCGAUACACCUUCAGCACCCGUUUUAAAUUCUGCAACAACUACUAAUACUGCGUCUUCGAGUGCUUUCGCUAGUGCUUUUGCUAACAACACUCCCUCUAGUGCCUUCAGCGAUCUUUUAAGCGGGAAAAACUCUUCUUUUACUGCAUCAACUUUGGCUACUCAAAGUAAACCAUUCAGUAGCUUUGCGUCUCUGGGUACCAAUACUCCCUCAUUUUCCUCGUUGGGAGCGAGCGCUAAACCUAUGCCUAAGCCGAAUACAGCUGUCUUUGGUGCUUCUUCUGAUUUUGGGUCCACCACAGCUAAUAAAUCAGUGAGCUUUGGAUCUUCUACUGGGUUUGGAUCCUCCAACACUACCAGCAAACCUGCGACAUUUGGUGCUUUAUCAGGCUUCGGCACUACGAAGCCUGCUUCAAUGCCUGCAACGUUCAAUUCACCAUCUCAAAUCGACAACGCACCAGCAUCUGCCACUGCCAACAAUAAUGCUGCAUCGCCGGGUUUAAAUGCCUCUAAGGCUACUGCAUUUUCUACUAGUGCUACUGUUGGCACUACCGACAAAUCUGUGGCACCAACAGUUGCGAUACCUGCUUCAACUACCACUACUUCUAAUGUUCCUGAAGUUAGUAGCAGUGCACCCAGUGAAACAAAGCCAACCGUGAUCACUACCGCUCCUUCCUCUAUACCCCCAUCCUCGAAAACUACACCCAGUAACGUAUCAAAGAUACCCACAGCAGAUACUUCGACGUUGACUGCACCUGUUCCUUCUGUAUCCAUAACUGAGACAUUCAAGCCCACAGCCAAAGAAGGAAUGGCCAAAGAAUACGAAAACAUUUAUAUGACUGUUAAGGCAGAAACUGGCAAGUUGAAAGAAACUUCGACCAAGCUCAAUAAAAGCAUGGAAUACCACACUAAGAUACUGGAAGAUAGGACGGCAGCAAGUUUCUUGGAUGACAAUUUAGUAUGGAAUUUGAAUGAUAUCAACAGCUUGAAUAAACUUACAAAGGAGCUGAUUCAAGAUAAGGAAAAAGAUGAACAGAAAGUAAAAGAAGUGCAACUGUCUGUUAAAUUAUUGAUGGAUGAUUUAAGAAAAUUAUUAGAAAAGAAGGAAGAGAUUAAUUAUCUUUUGCAGUCAAAUGCCAAUGAACAGAUAAUUCAUAUUAUUGAUAACAGGGAAUUAGAUGCAGAAACAAGUUCGGCAUUACGAGCACUAGAGAGUAAGUCAGAGGCCCAUAAUGAUUUACUCAAAAAACUUGAAUGGAGAUUACUUGAGCAUGAAAAAAGAGAAAAGAUCAAAAACCGGCAUACUGAAGGACAACUUUCACUAUACACUCUGCAUCGAGCUAUUCGUGAUAUUGAAUUGGAUAUUAGACGCAAAAAGAAGGAUUUGGAUGAAGCAGAGGAGCGAUUAGCUGAGUUAACUUUGGAAGAAAGUAGCAGACGAGCCAAGCAAGCUUCAGUAGGAUUCACUUGUGAUGAUCUUUCUGAUACUGAUGAAGAAUCAAGCGAUGACAAGCAAAAUGUGUCAAAGAAAACAAUCAAACAAACAACUAUGCAUAUCCGAAGAUAUAACUUUAUGGAUAAAGUUUGUACUGGGUUAAGCAAUCAAGCAACCCUUGAAAUAUCUAUCAAUUGAAUGGGAAAGAGCGUAUAAUUCUCAUUACUCUUUUCCGUUAUAACAAUACAUUCCAAACGUAAAAAUAAUAAUUCACAUACAAGGCCUUCUUGCCGACACUUUGACAUAACGU